GGGCACGCCUUUUUCUCAGGUUGUCUAUGUUCUUCAAUUGGUUUUCUUUUUCUCCUUUUUUGGUGGGGUUCUUUUCAGUUUUCAGAGCCUUUAACUCUUCCUCGGUGUGGUAGGAGAUGUGUCUCGUGAUCUUCAGCUCUGGAUUCUCUAGUUUGGUUGCUAAAAGUUCCUUUUUUUGCAUCGGAGUGUGCAAUUCUCUGCAGGUUUCCAGCAGAUGAGUAGCUUAGCUUUCUUGUUAAUGAGCCCUGAAGGUGUUUGUUUUUUUAUGUUUUUCUGGACUUUUUGAACAUUUCCCUUUUAUUUUGCUUCUGGGCAUUAUUGUUGUACUGUGUUCCUCUCUUCGGCAUGUGAGAUUUUUAUCUGUGGGUUGGAGAUGUUGGUCUCUCUGAUAUGAUAUUUGGGAGAAGGAUUCCAGUUAGAUUGAAGGCUAUUUUUUACUUGAAGAUCUAGAGGGAUAAUAGAUGGGAUUGAAAAAACUGUAGGAUUAUUGAAUAGUCAUGGGUUUGCAUGAUCUUAAUCUGUAGAUUAGUUGAAAAGCAUUUAAAAAAAGUUGGGUUUGAACUAGGAGGUGAGGUGUAAUGGGUUCAUUGGUCUGAUUUGUGAGAGGCAAUGGAAGGAAAUUUGUCACAGGGAGGUAUAAUUCAAGGUGGAUCUUCUUUUAGUGGCUUUGAUUUGCCAGGAUCAAUUCGGGUUCAUCAUCAAGCACAGCAUCCACAUACCAUGCACCAACAUCAAACUCAUCCACGUCAAGGGUCUUCUGUACAUUCCUCAGUUCAUGAUGGUUUCCCACUUACGAUGGGAACCUUGCCGAACUGUGACCAAACCAUUUCAUUGACAGACUUUAGUAAGGGAGACAGAAGCAAAAACUCCGCAAGUGAGGAAGAUGAGCCAAGCUUUACUGACGAUGGUGUUGAUGGUCACCAUGAAGCGGGUAGAGGGAAAAAAGGAUCACCUUGGCAGCGGGUGAAGUGGACUGAUAAGAUGGUAAAGCUUCUGAUAACAGCUGUUUCUUAUAUAGGAGAGGAUGUAACUUCUGAUGGUGGUGGCUGCGGAAGAAGGAAAUUUGCAGUCCUACAGAAGAAGGGUAAGUGGAAAUCUAUUUCCAAGGUCAUGGCUGAAAGGGGUUAUCAUGUUUCACCUCAGCAAUGUGAGGAUAAAUUCAAUGAUCUUAAUAAAAGGUAUAAAAAGCUUAAUGAUAUCAUAGGGAGGGGCACUUCUUGUCAGGUUGUUGAAAAUCCUGCGCUGUUGGAUGUAAUAGAUUAUCUUUCUGAGAAGGAAAAGGAUGAUGUUCGAAAAAUAUUAAGCUCAAAACACCUGUUUUAUGAGGAGAUGUGUUCUUACCAUAAUGGCAAUAGAUUGCAUUUACCCCAUGAUCCUGCAUUGCAACGUUCACUGCAGUUAGCUCUCCGAAAUAGAGAUGAUCAUGAUAACGAUGAUAUCAGAAGGUACCAUCAUGAUGAUCAUGAUGAAGACGAUCAAGAUGUGGAAUUUGACGAUCAUGAUGACUUUGAAGAGAAUUGUGCUUCCCAUGGUGAUAGUAGAGGAAUAUAUGGGCCAUUAGGUGGAUCUAUGAAGAAAUUGAAACAAGGCCAAUGCCAAGAAGAUGCUAGUACUUUUGGUAAUUCUUUAAAUUGUCAGGAUUACAACAAAAGUUCAUAUCCCCACGGGCAGAUGGUCCAAUCUGAUGCGAGUCAAGUUUUACCUGAAAGCACGAGAACAGCUUGGUUACAGAAGCAGUGGAAUGAAUCUCGCUCACUUCAAUUAGAAGAACAAAAGCUGCAAAUUCAGGUUGAGAUGUUGGAACUAGAGAAACAGAGAUUCAAGUGGCAGAGGUUUAGUAAGAGAAAGGACCGGGAGUUGGAGAAGCUGAGUCUAGAAAAUGAAAGAAUGAAGCUUGAAAAUGAACGUAUUGCUUUAGAACUGAAGCGAAAGGAAAUGGGCACUGGCUUUAACUAGGACUUGGAUUGAUAGCC